CUUUUUUGUCUUCGUCCUAAUCGCUUUGUGUGCAGCAAGUGCUUCCCCGAUGGAACCAAAACGGUGGAGUUUAACGUUAAACCCGGAGGUGUGCAGCACACAUUCUCUGAGACCAUUCGGGAUCACGAAUGCUCAUUCACUUAUGCCUCACAAGGGGGAACCAAUGAGCAAUGGCUCAUGAGUAUCGGCUUGAGCGAUGACGAUAAAUUGUUCUCCUGCUCCAUAUGGAGGCCCCAGGGCAAGUCCUACCUGUUCUUCACCCAGUUCAAAGCCGAGCUGAAGGGAGCCAAGAUCGAAUAUGCCAACGCAUAUUCCCAGACGUCUGAGGGUGGCCAGAGGGACGUGGCUUUGAAGCCGGAGGAGUUCACCGUGGGAGACUCCACGGUGACUCACACAGACGGGAAGUUCCGGGCAGAACUCUCAAAGCUGACCAUGAUUGGCCGAACUAAACACGACGAGCUGUAGAUGUUGGAACUCUCUAAGCUGACCGUGAUUGGCCCAUCCCGACGCGAUGAGCUGUAGCUUUCAAAGCUCUAGCUCGACUCAGGUCACGCUGAGCCACCGGGACUUUUGAAUUCUUCCAGGCCUCGGCCUUCUCAUAACGGAUAGUAAAAGCAGAAUUGAUUUUGUCUCUCUUUUGAAAUGUCUUGACGGGCCAAAAGAUCGGACCGGGAUGGGUUCUUCAUGUUGUUAAUUAGUGUUGAGCAUCAGAAGGAAAUUAGUUUACCUUGGAGAUUGAAUGUUUUCACGCAAUGCACGUAACUUGCUUUAUCUUUUGGCAUGAGCGUUAGUCUUUAAAUACACACAACAUCCUGUCUUAAGAUGAAGUGUUUGUUUUUGCUCCGUUUUUCUUUUUCCUUCCACUGAAUCUCAAAGCUUAUAGAGUAAAUCUUUUGAUCCAUAGGGGAGACGGUAAUCGCCGCAGAGUUUGUUUUGUUUUACUCGUAGUGUACAAGGGAUUGUUCCAAUUUGGUUGUAAAUGUUAAUCUCGCAGGGGUAUUAAUCUGCAAUGUGGCCGUCAUACUCAUACUCAUCGUAUAGAACAUAGAACAUCUCUGUUCCCUGGUGAUCCUUGAGCUGAAGAAUUAUGAGUCCGCUGUUGAAGAAGAGCACCAGGUUCUUCUCUCUCUCUCUCUCUCUCUCGCUCUCGCUCUCUCUCUCUCCCCCCCCCCCCCCCCCCCUCCCUGAUCUGCAUCUGGAUCAGAUCCCUCACUCUAGUAUUAGACCCCCGCUAGUAUUCAUCAGUCCAGCUGGUCACUCCCAUUCAGAGACUUAACCUUUUUUAGAAUAGCGGUAAUCCUCUCUGAAAGAUAUUCAGCCGCGGCCGGGCUGCCUCUCUGGAGAUCAUAAACUCUCCAUGCCCUCCGUAUACACUCACUCACUCAAUCCCUCCUCAUAACCCACUCGUGUCGAUCUGUGAAGAGCCAGCUCCUUUUACUACCAGGCCGUAGUAGGAGCACCCAAUCGCCUGCGUCUCCCUCACGUUGAUCCCAUCAGCCUUCCUGAUCCACGCGAGGUGCAUGUGGUGGAUGCCCGUGAAGUUUGCGCCCGCGCGUGCGUGUGUCGUACCGUGUCUUCUCCGAGGGCGUGGAGUCUCUGUUCUCUGCCUUGAGGCGAUUGCUCUGCUUGGGAAGAAAGCUCCCAGCUGGAUCGGCGUGACAUCACUUCCUCCCCACCUCCACCACCACCCCCGGUCAGAGAUUAUGCUCCCACAACGGUCUCAACAGGAAAUGCCAGAAGUGGAUGCUGAGUUACAAGGGGAAGACACAACAUGACAGUUAGGCCCCAAUGCAUCCCGCAAACACGUUUUCUGUCUUUUUCUUUUUUCCCUUUUCUCUCCUUUGUUGUUCCUUUCACACCGACAUGUGUUGGCAGUUUUAAUAGAGGCGGGCUGUCACUUGACUGAAAUCGACUGGAUGUUUGUCCCUUGUUGUGUCAACUGUGAUCUGACUUGAACGUCCAAUGCAUUGUUAGAAAACAUGAAAGGAGAGAGAGGGGAGGACAGGUGACAUUUGAAGUGACAUUUGAGCUCUAACAAAGAAUUUUCUAGGAAACAGGCAGACACUGCAUAAUAUAUUCUGUGUACGAAAUAUGUAUGCCCCUUGCUCUCGUCUGGUUAAAAUAUGAACUGUAUAAACCUAAGUUAAAAGUUUACCCACAAAAUAUUCAGAAGAGCAAUGCACAUUUAUAGUGGUCCGCACCACAUCCGUACUUGAUAUGCAUUGAAUCAACCUUAAAAAAAAUGGAAUUGGUUUCAGGAAGUAAAUGAAAUGUCCUUUUGUUAUCUGAAAAUGUCCUGUAAUAAAUGGGUUAGCGAGAUAAAAAUG